GACAUGCACCACAGAGGAAGGGCGAGCGCCUUGGUAGACGUUCGAGACGCCCUCCGGUCUGUGCUCGAACCGAUGCUGCUACGCAAUGCCACGCCAGUGAUCAGACAUGGUGCGGCGAAGGCGCGAGAAGGAGCCGCGGCUCAUGGACUUCGGCGGCGACGGGGCGCGCAAGUCGGAGGCGCUGCAGUGUCUCCUCGUCGAGGCGCUCGCCGUUGGCCACGCGCGUGCGGAACUCGCCGGGCAGCGAGCUGCCGAUGCGGUGCAGGCUCAUAAACGCACGGCUCGACAGCGCAACGUGACAGAGAAGCGUGAGAGACAGCGUCAAGUUGCGGACCAGGAGAUCCGUCGACACCACGCAAAGCACGACCGUUCCGAGGCUGACCGGAAUCGUGGCGAUGAGAUAGAUGACAGCGUCCAUCGUGAGCAGCCGCGUGAAUGGCGUCGGCGAGCGACGCGCAUAGCUGCGCAUCUUGAAAAGAACGAGGGCAGCGACGACCAGGUCGAGCAGCGCCGAUGACGCCCAGGCCAGCGCGAGCAGCGGGUCAAAGUGCGUCGGCAUGCAGACGUGGCCCAGAACUGCGUGCCGUGUUAGAGCGGAGGUGCGCCAGGCUCGGCCAGCACUCACGCGGGACGUUGGCGCUGCGCCAGGCCACCCAGUGGAUAUCGACGAGCCACAGGCCACACUGUACGAUCCACAGCGACAAGAUGAGAAACACGAGUGCCGGAUGGUGAUUCCAGACUGCAAGUCGUGAGCGGAGGC